UUCCCAAGGUUUGUACAGUGUACACAAACCUCCCCGUACACUGUGGGUCAUUGCAUGAUAAUCAUUCAUUGUACUGCAGUACUGUACAAUUCCAACAGCAGUACGAUUGAACAAGAAUUGGCGGAUAAACAGGAGAUAAAUGCAAAUGUGGCUGGAGCAACUUUGCCGCGGAUUAUUCUUUACAUCUUUCAUGCAAUCUUAAUUACCUGUUAACCACAGAAAGCAUUAAGCAAGUGGUCAGGACAUAAUAUUACCUGGGAGGCUUUAUAUUACGCCACACCGUGUACAGAUGCCGUUCUACAUGCCAACAAGCGGUACAAGGAAAUUAACUACAAUUAAGACUUCGUAUGGUUGCCCAAAGUGGUUUGAUGCUGUGUACAACGCUGAUCUGGAGUACAUAAAGAAACAUUCAAAAAAUGUACAUAAGAAAGAUGACCUGGGAUAUACUGCUCUGCAUCAUGCUGCUAUAGCUGGAAAUGUAGAUGUUGUUUCUCUUCUCCUUGAACAAGGAGAAGCCGUAGAUGCUAAAGGGCAGGACGGAGCAACACCUCUAAGAUGUGCUGUACAAGAGGGCCAUACACGAGUGGUUGCUGUUCUUCUCUCAAGAGGGGGCAGUGUUCAAGAUAAGGAUGAAGAUGAGUUGACUCUACUACACUGUGCGGCUGAUGCAGGUCAUGAGCCGAUAGCUCGUCUUCUUCUCAGCACUGCACCCCAUCUGGCCAACCUUCAGUCUAGAUCUGGUUGGACACCUCUUCAUAGUGCUGCAGUUAUGGGUCAUCCUCAUAUAGUCAAUCUUCUUCUAGAAUACAGUGGAAAUAUAAGGUUAAAUCUUCUCCUAGAAUACAGUGGAAAUAUAAGGUUAAAUCUUCUUCUAGAAUACAGUGGAAAUAUAAGGUUAAAUCUUCUCCUAGAAUACAGUGGAAAUAUAAGGUUAAAUCUUCUUCUAGAAUACAGUGGAAAUAUAAGGUUAAAUCUUCUCCUAGAAUACAGUGGAAAUAUAAGGUUAAAUCUUCUUCUAGAAUACAGUGGAAAUAUAAGGUUAAAUCUUCUCCUAGAAUACAGUGGAAAUAUAAGGUUAAAUCUUCUUCUAGAAUACAGUGGAAAUAUAAGGUUAAAUCUUCUCCUAGAAUACAGUGGAAAUAUAAGGUUAAAUCUUCUUCUAGAAUACAGUGGAAAUAUAAGGUUAAAUCUUCUCCUAGAAUACAGUGGAAAUAUAAGGUUAAAUCUUCUUCUAGAAUACAGUGGAAAUAUAAGGUUAAAUCUUCUCCUAGAAUACAGUGGAAAUAUAAGGUUAAAUCUUCUUCUAGAAUACAGUGGAAAUAUAAGGUUAAAUCUUCUCCUAGAAUACAGUGGAAAUAUAAGGUUAAAUCUUCUCCUAGAAUACAGUGGAAAUAUAAGGUUAAAUCUUCUUCUAGAAUACAGUGGAAAUAUAAGGUUGUUGAACAACCAAGGGAAGACCUGCCUAGAUAUAGCCAAGGAUCGGAAUAAGACUGAAGUGAUCCAGAUCCUAGAACGAUGGGAUCACCAAUCUCAAGUCCGAUCCAGUUCUAUGGAUCAAACGGAAUCCAGUAUUCACCAAUCUCAGGCUCAAUACUCGGGUUCUAGUUCGAGUGAGAGAGAUGAAAACAGUUUAGAGCUUCUGUCACAACCAAUGCCUUCCAAGGAAUCUAAAGAAUCACUACGACGAAGUUUAGUGCGUCGCGUGCUUGAAUGCCCUGUUUGUUUAGAAGUUAUGAUAAAUAAAAAAAUCCUCCAGUGCAAGAAUGGUCACAACGUGUGCGACAGCUGUAGGUUCCAGUUAUUAACAUGUCCGCAGUGCAGAGUUGAAUAUUCGGAAAUGGAGGUUCGGAACCGAGGCUUGGAAGAACUGGCAAACUCAAAAUAAAUCCGA